AUGCCUUCCAAGAUCGCUCUCUCCAUCAGCGUUCUGACCGCCGCUCUUGGCAUGGUCAGCGCUGCCCCUCACUACGAGUACAGCUCGUACAACGGCGGACACAACGUCUACUCGGACACCGAGAACAAGCUCAUCGACCUUUCGGACCUCGACCUGGGCAUCGACAUUCUUAAGCGCACCGACUACAGUGCUUGCAAGAAGUAUGUCUCGUCGUACAACGGUGGGUACAACGUCUACUCGGUCAACGAGAACAAGCUGGUCGACGCCAGCGAUGCCACUAUCGACAUCAGCGUCCUCAGCCUGGAUGGCCGCAAGAAGAAGACCUGGCACAAGGCCCCCAAGUACUGUGUCGAGUACAUCAAGAGCUACAACGGCGGCCACAACGUUGUUGUCAAGAACGAGAACAAGGGUGUCGAUCUCUCGGGUCUCAACCUUGGCAUUGACAUCCUCAAGCGCAAGGCUCCCGAGUACUCGUACCACAACGCCGGCCACAACGUCGACUCUCACACCGAGAACAAGCUGGUUGACGCUUCCGACCUCCACCUUGAUGUCGACGUGCUCAGCAAGCGCAACGGUCCCUCGUACAGCUCUUACAACGGCGGCCACAAUGUCUACUCUGACACUGAGAACAAGCUGGUUGACGCCUCUGACCUCGACCUGGACGUCGACGUGCUCAGCAAGCGCAACGGUCCCUCGUACAGCUCGUACAACGGCGGCCACAAUGUCUACUCUGACAACGAGAACAAGCUGAUCGACGCUUCGGACCUGUUCGCUGACAUCGACAUCCUCAAGAAGCGCAAGGCUCCCUCGUACAGCUCGUACAACGGCGGCCACAACGUCUACUCGGACAACGAGAACAAGCUGAUCGACCUCUCUGGUCUGCUUGCCAACGUUGACAUCCUCAGCAAGCGCAAGGCACCCGAGUACUCGUACUACAACGGCGGACACAACGUCGAGUCGACCAACGAGAACAAGCUGAUCGACCUUUCGGAUCUGCUUGCCAACGUUGACGUCCUCAAGAAGCGUCACUACAAGGAGGUCAAGUCGUACAACGGCGGACACAACGUCGAGUCGACCAGCGAGAACAAGCUGAUCGACGUGUCGGACCUGACUGCGCUCGUCAACGUGCUGAGCAAGCGCCACGAGCCCAAGGUCAAGUCGUACAACGGCGGCCACAACGUGGUUAGCACCAACGAGAACAAGCUGAUCGACCUCUCGGACCUGACUGCGCUCGUUAGCGUGCUUAGCAAGAGGAGCCUCAAGGGUUACGGAUCCAAGAUCCACGCCCGCGACAUUUCCGAGGACCUCUACCGCCGCACCAACGACGACGAGGACUGCACGUGCACCAAGAAGACCAAGCCUACGCCUCCCAAGCAGACGGUCACCACUCCUCCCAAGGACACGGGUGACUGCAGCAGCGACACGCCCGCUCCUGCCAAGCCUUCGCCCUCGACGCCUGCUCCCUCGGACAAGCCCCCCAAGUCGCACCACCACCCCAAGCCCUCGUCGUCGACCACCGUGCCCCCUGCCACGCACACCCCGGCCACCACCACCACGGCUUCUUCCACCUCUUCGACUGCCCCUCCUAAGCACACGCCUACUCCCACCAAGCCCACCUGCUCCGACAGCGAGGUCUACGUUGACGAGGGCCACAACGUCGUGUCCAAGAACGAGAACAAGCUGCUCGACCUGAGCAACAUCACGAUCCAGAUCGGCCUGCUCGACGGCCUGCUUGGCGGCGGCAACAAGAAGACCAAGUCGGUCCCUGCUGACUCGACCUGCACGGCCAGCGAGGGCUGCUGUGUCGCCAAGAGCGUCUACUACUACAACGGCGGCCACAACACCGAGGUUACCAACGACAACAAGGGCAUCGACCUUUCGGGCCUCAACCUUGGCCUCGACAUCCUCUAA